AGAUCCCUUGGCCCAGACCAGAUCUCAAUAUACUCCGCCAAGCCUCGAGAAGCGACACAUGGCACUGCACUAACUUCAUCGUCUCCCGCUCCACCCCCACCAGUCUCGGAGGGCAGGCGGCCCCGGGUCUAACGUCUGGCGCCUUGUUUCCUCCGUAGAUGAGCCCCGCCUUUCCCCGACGAAUCGGCCCUCCGUACAUAUUACUUAGACUUAACCGAGAAUGAUCAAAACCAGCUUAAUAAGAUGAAUAUCCUUACCGCUUUUUCUUUUCCCAGUAUUAUUUUUCUUACUAACGUCUCGCCAGUUCGCCCCUUUCAUACAUGUGCACAUCCAUUCGGAAGUAAAAAGGGAGUGGCGAAAAUAUUACCUCAGCUACUCUUUGCCUCCUUUUUUUCAAAAACCCCACGAAACCCACUCAAAUCUUUUUCCUAUAAUGAAAUCACAACGAUCAUCCCAUUUCCCCACUCUGUGUGUGCUCAUGCGCCCACUUUGGCCACUCGAUUUUUAUUCUCCGAUGAUGGGGAAGGACGAUCGCAGAGAUCGUUAUGUAAUACAGCAGCAAGUUCGGUGGCCUGGACUUGUUCGACGGGGCCCCUGCCAAGACGGAAUCCGCUCCGCUGACUAUUUUCAUUUGAAAGGGUCCUGCUGUGCCAAGAGAGCGCAGAUCGAGGC